AUGCUUGAUAGAUUGACAGGGGAAACAACAGUGGACAUCUGGGGUGAUCAGUGGCUCACAAAAAGCCAUGAAUGCCAGUGGGGUGGAGUGACUUGUGAGACGGUGCAAACAAAGGAGAAGACAGCUGUUGGGGUGUCAGUUCGGUGGAAUCAGCUCAAUGGCCCUCUCCCAUGGGAGAUUGCACAGUUGCCACAUCUCAAACAGCUACAGUUGAAUUACAACAUGCUGAGUGGAAUGCUGCCACCCAAGCUUCUCUCCUUUUCAUUGGAAGAGCUCAUGUUGGGCAGUAACCAACUCUCAGGACCCAUCCCUGCUAGAUGGUUUGAUAAUCUCCAUGAUGGAAACGCAAAACUCACCAGCCUUCAAAUCCAUAAAAACAGGUUGACUGGAAGUAUUCCAUCCGAAGUGGGGUUGUUUCCGCUGGAGCUGGUUAAUCUGCAGUGGAAUCAACUGAGUGGGUCUCUGCCAGUUGAAUUCUUUUCCCACACCUCCCUUAGGGGAUUAUAUCUGGGUCACAAUGACCUAACAGGCACUUUUCCAAGUGAAUUUGGACUGCUAACAAGUUUGAAGGACUACCUACAAUUGGUUCAUACCCAUAUUUCCGGCACCUUGCCCUCAGAGAUUGCCCUGCUGAGCACUCUAAAGGAGAUUGAUUUGUCGUUUACCAACAUGCAAGGGACACUCCCUGAAGAAAUGUACACUGGACUCACAGACCUUGGUGCUUUUUCUGCCAAUAACUGCAACUUUUCUGGGACUAUCAGUUCAUCGAUUGGUCAUUUGACAAGUCUACAAUUGCUGCAUGUGGCCAACAACAACUUCCAUGGCACAUUUCCAAAUGAAAUUGAAGAGUUGACUGGCCUGAGUCAUCUGGUAGUGAAUGGGAAUCAGUUCUCCGGCACUGUUCCAAUAUCUGUCUGCCAUGCUGCAGCUUUUGUUGAAAAUUUUGGGGGCACCUCUUUGGUUGUGGCUGACUGUUUGCCAAAUGCAGAAACUGGAGCUCCGAAAAUCGAAUGUUCUGCUGACUGCUGCACCAGUUGUUGUGGCGAGACUGGGGUUUGCCUUUCUAACUAG